CUUUCGAUCAGUGCUUCGAGCGCAACCUGUCUGUAGUGUUUGUAGGUUUAUAACCAAAUAAACAUAACCUCCAAUUGAAAAAUUAACUUUUGUAAUAAAACAAAUUACAGACGUGACCAAGUUGCGCGCGCCGUUAUCCGUAUUUUUAUACGCCUGCGCUUUUGAAGGCAAUCGAAAUUCAAUCGAAUCCUCGUCCGAGAUCAUAGUGAUAAUACGAGUGAAUGCUGUAUGUGUAUGUAUAUAUCAGCGAGCUCAUAACUUGACAAGUGGCAGCCAAGGGGCGUAUAUUUCGUCUUCACGUCAAACAAAUCGAAAUUCUUUCAAUUCUCAUACCUUUGGUGAUCAUUUCAAUUCAUUAAAUACUCAUUAUGAUUCGCUUCAUCCUUAUUCAAAACAGAGCAGGAAAAACAAGAUUGGCCAAAUGGUAUAUGAAUUUUGAUGAUGAUGAGAAGCAAAAGUUAAUUGAAGAGGUACAUGCAGUUGUUACUGUAAGAGAUGCUAAACAUACAAAUUUUGUUGAGUUUAGGAAUUUCAAAAUUGUAUAUAGACGAUAUGCUGGACUUUACUUCUGCAUAUGUGUAGAUGUAAACGACAACAAUUUAUGUUAUCUAGAAGGUAUUCACAACUUCGUUGAAGUUCUUAAUGAAUAUUUCCACAAUGUUUGUGAACUAGAUCUGGUUUUUAAUUUUUACAAGGUUUACACAGUUGUGGAUGAGAUGUUUUUGGCAGGUGAGAUUAGAGAAACCAGUCAAACCAAAGUACUCAAACAAUUAUUAAUGUUAAAUUCCCUAGAGUAAAAUACAAAUAAUUAUAAUGUUAAUAUUACUGUUUUGUCAAAAGUAUUAAAAAUUUCCUUGACUUGUUUCAUGGAUCAUGUCAUGAGCACUGUAUGCAAAUAUUUAUAUACAAACAAGAGAAUGCUAAUCGUGUUCAUAUAUUCAUGAUACGCCUCCGCAUUGGAGUAAUAUCUGAAGAUAUGUGUAUUUAUCUUUUUUUCUUUAUUGAAAUAUAUUGAGCUUUUUGAUUAGAAA